UGUUCUCUAUUUUCACUUGUGAUUUCCACACAAACGUGUCGAGCUUAACCUCUUGGAUUAUAAAUACACAAGCGAGGUGCAAAACGGGAUAUUUGCUUCGUAUUUUUCCGACAAACGUUCAUGUGGAAUUGGACGUACUGCUUUGGGAUCAUGCAUUUUAUCAACGGUGAACGCACAGUACGGGCCUUCAUCCUUGUUUCUUUCCUUCAGACGACAGUUGACCAGGUCCGCUACUCCGUCCCAGAGGAAAUGCGAAAAGGCUCUUUUGUUGGAAAUGUAGCCGAGGACUUAGGUGUCGACGCUAAAAGACUGAAGACAGGCGGAGCCCGGAUUGUUGGCAGUGACAGCAGCGAGUAUAUAAGGCUAGAUGUAGACAAAGGCAUUCUGGUUGUGGGAGAAAGAAUCGACAGAGAGCAGCUCUGCGGACAGACAUCGCCAUGUAGCUUGAAUUUUGAAAUGAUUAUGACCAGUCCAAUGGAGUUACAUAGCGUGGUAGUGGAAGUGCUAGAUGUUAACGAUAAUACGCCUGUGUUUAAUGAGAAGGAAAUGCAUGUAGAGAUCGUAGAGGCAGCUUUGCCAGGAACCGAAAUUUUGCAAGUCAGUGCAACAGACCCUGAUGUCGGCAUCAACGCUUUGCAAGGUUAUACAUUACACCCUACAACCCAUUUUAAUAUUAAAGUUCUCUCCAGCCCAAACGGCCACAAGUAUGCACAACUGUAUCUGUCCGGUGCUUUGGAUAGAGAAAAGGAAGAAAAGCUGCUUCUCACGCUCACUGCUGUCGAUGGGGGUGAACCACAGCGAUCAGGUACGCUAAAAGUGCAUGUCACUGUCCGGGACACAAACGAUAAUGCCCCCGUUUUUACGCAGCCAAUUUUCAAGGUUUCUGUUAAAGAAAAUGUUCCAAAAGGAACAACAGUGGUCAGAAUAAUUGCAACAGACGCAGAUGAAGGGAUAUACGGUCGUGUUACGUACCACCUAAACCGCAUGUCCAGUAAUGUUGCUCAGCUUUUCCAUCUAGAUGAAAAUAGCGGCGAUUUGACAGUGUACGGUGUGAUUGAUUAUGAAGAAAACAAAAUAUUUGAGAUUAGUGUCCUGGCAAGAGAUCAAGGUGGACAAAGCACGUCCACAAACGUAAUAAUUGAUGUAGUUGAUGUGAAUGACAAUGCACCUUUAAUAACAUUAACCUCUUUUUCUAAUACCAUUGCUGAAGAUUCUCCAAGUGGAACCACUGUAGCUAUCAUCAACGUUAAAGAUCUCGAUUCAGGCAAAAACGGUAAAAUAAACCUCUUAAUUAAUCCUGAUAUCCCGUUUGAGGUCCAUUCAUCUCUAAAAAAUUAUCACACUCUUGUCACAAAGGGUGUCCUUGACAGGGAGCGUAACCCUAAUUAUAACAUCACUUUCACGGCUGUGGAUGAAGGUAAUCCUCCACUUUCAACAAACAAGACCAUAACUCUUAAGGUUUCUGAUGUCAAUGAUAAUGCCCCUGUGUUCGAACAGAGUUUCUAUGAGGCUAAUAUCAUGGAGAAUAAUUCCCCUGGAUUAUCUGUGUUUUCCGUGAAAGCGCGUGAUGCUGACUCAGGACAGAAUGCACGAGUCGCUUACCUGCUUGUUGAUUUUCAGUUAAAUGGUCAGCCCAUAUCCACUUAUAUUUCUGUGAAUGCAGAAAGUGGUGCUGUACAGGCAGUUCGAUCAUUUGAUUACGAGCAAAUUAAAACUUUAAUUAUUUAUAUGAGAGGACAAGACGGAGGUUCCCCACCUUUAAGCAGCAAUACUACAGUAAAACUAAAUAUUCUAGAUCAGAACGAUAACCCUCCUCAGGUUCUGUAUCCAGUCCAGACUGGUGGCUCUGUGGUGGCUGAAAUGGUUCCUCGUUCAGCAGAUGUGGGUUAUCUGGUCACUAAAGUGGUGGCUGUUGAUGUGGACUCUGGACAGAAUGCCUGGCUCUCCUAUAAACUCCAGAAAUCCACAGACAGGGCGCUGUUUGAAGUGGGAUUACAGAAUGGAGAAAUAAGAACUAUCCGCCAAGUGACUGAUAAAGAUGCUGUCAAACAAAGACUGACUGUUAUCGUGGAGGACAACGGACAGCCCUCUCGUUCAGCUACAGUCAUUGUUAACGUUGCGGUGGCGGACAGCUUCCCUGAAGUGUUGUCGGAAUUCACUGACUUCACACACGACAAGGAGUACAGUGACAACCUGACUUUUUACUUGGUGUUGGCUCUGGCUGUAGUUUCCUUCCUCUUCAUCACGUGUUUAGUGGUCAUUAUAUCAGUGAAAAUCUACAGAUGGAGACAGUCUCGCAUCCUGUACCACUCCAACCUUCCUGUGAUUCCAUAUUAUCCUCCACGUUACUCAGACACUAUGGGAACAGGAACUCUUCCACAUGUGUACAAUUACGAGGUGUGCAGGACUACUGACUCCAGAAAGAGUGACUUUAAGUUCGGCGGAGCUGGUAGUCAGAACGUGUUGAUAAUGGACCCCAGUUCUACAGGAACGAUGCAGCGGAUACAGAAUGAGAAGAGCAUCUUGGAUGAACCAGAUUCUCCUUUAGAGACGACAGUUGGCCAGGUCCGCUACUCCGUCCCAGAGGAAAUGAGAAAAGGCUCUUUUGUUGGAAAUGUAGCCGAGGACUUAGGUGUCGACGCUAAAAGACUGAAGACAGGCGGAGCCCGGAUUGUUGGCAGUGACAGCAGCGAGUAUAUAAGGCUAGAUGUAGACAAAGGCAUUCUGGUUGUGGGAGAAAGAAUCGACAGAGAGCAGCUCUGCGGACAGACAUCGCCAUGUAGCUUGAAUUUUGAAAUGAUUAUGACCAGUCCAAUGGAGUUACAUAGCGUGGUAGUGGAAGUGUUAGAUGUUAACGAUAAUACGCCUGUGUUUAAUGAGAAGGAAAUGCAUGUAGAGAUCUUAGAGUCAGCUCUUCCAGGAACCGAAAUCCUGCAAGUCAGUGCAACAGACCCUGAUGUCGGCAUCAACGCUUUGCAAGAGAAAAGGAAGAAAAGCUGCUUCUCACGCUCACUGCUGUCGAUGGGGGUGAACCACAGCGAUCAGACUGGUGGCUCUGUGGUGGCUGAAAUGGUUCCUCGUUCAGCAGAUGUGGGUUAUCUGGUCACUAAAGUGGUGGCUGUUGAUGUGGACUCUGGACAGAAUGCCUGGCUCUCCUAUAAACUACAGAAAUCCACAGACAGGGCGCUGUUUGAAGUGGAAUUACAGAAUGGAGAAAUAAGAACUAUCCGCCAAGUGACUGAUAAAGAUGCUGUCAAACAAAGACUGACUGUUAUCGUGGAGGACAACGGACAGCCCUCUCGUUCAGCUACAGUCAUUAUUAACGUGGCGCUGGCGGACAGCUUCCCUGAAGUGCUGUCGGAGUUCACUGACUUUACGCAUGGCAAGGAGUACAAUGACAACCUGACUUUUUACUUGGUGUUGGCUCUGGCUGUAGUUUCCUUUCUCUUCAUCACGUGUUUAGUUGUUAUUAUAUCAGUAAAAAUCUACAGAUGGAGACAGUCUCGCAUCCUGUACCACUCCAACCUCCCUGUGAUUCCAUAUUAUCCUCCACGUUACUCAGACACUAUGGGAACAGGAACUCUUCCACAUGUGUACAAUUAUGAGGUGUGCAGGACUACUGACUCCAGAAAGAGUGACUUUAAUUUCGUCGGAGAUGGAAGUCAGAAGGUGCUGAUAAUGGACCCCAGUUGUACAGGAACGAUGCAGCGGAUUCAGAAUGACACGAGCAUUUUGGAUGAACCAGACUCACCUCUGGAGGAUCAGAACGAUAACCCUCCUCAGGUUCUGUACCCAGUCCAGACUGGUGGCUCUGUGGUGGCUGAAAUGGUUCCUCGUUCAGCAGAUGUGGGUUAUCUGGUUACUAAAGUGGUGGCUGUUGAUGUGGACUCUGGACAGAAUGCCUGGCUCUCCUAUAAACUCCAGAAAUCCACAGACAGGGCGCUGUUUGAAGUGGGAUUACAGAAUGGAGAAAUAAGAACUAUCCGCCAAGUUACUGAUAAAGAUGCUGUCAAACAAAGACUGACUGUUAUCGUGGAGGACAACGGACAGCCUUCUCGUUCAGCUACAGUCAUUGUUAACGUGGCGGUGGCGGACAGCUUUCCCGAAGUGCUGUCGGAGUUCACCGACUUCACGCAUGACAAGGAGUACAAUGACAACCUGACUUUUUACUUGGUGUUGGCUCUGGCUGUAGUUUCCUUCCUCUUCAUCACGUGUUUAGUUGUUAUUAUAUCAGUAAAAAUCUACAGAUGGAGACAAUCUCGCAUCCUGUAUCACUCCAACCUCCCUGUGAUUCCAUAUUAUCCUCCACGUUACUCAGACACUUUGGGAACAGGAACUCUUCCACACGUGUACAAUUACGAGGUGUGCAGGACUACUGACUCCAGAAAGAGUGACUAUAAGUUCGGCGGAGAUGGAAGUCAGAACGUGCUGAUAAUGGACCCCAGUUCUACAGGAACGAUGCAGAGGAUUCAGAAUGAGAAGAGCAUCCUGGAUGAACCAGACUCACCUCUAGAGGUUCGUCAGUUCCUGUCUGCCCCCUUUUUUUUCAUCUGA